UCUACUGCCCCCUUUAAAAUGGAAGGAAGGGAGACUUGCAGCAAACCUCUGGAAGGACUCUGCCUUUCUUUGAAUGAAGAGUUUGCAGGGUAAGGUUGAAGCAGCCCUCCAGCGUUGGUGACUGCAAGUCCUGCCCGGCUUUUAGUCCUCCAGGAGAAUUCAGUCUGCAAGGCUUCACGCCAGAGGAACAUUUCCCAAGGCUUGGGCUCCCUGUGCCUCUGAAAUCUUGGAUGGUGUAAGAACUAAAGGCGAGGAAUUUUGAAGUCAACUAACUGGACAAAGAAAGACUUUUAAGACCCACUGCUGUCCUCUGCUUUCUUUCUGAGGGACAGCUUUUGCCAGUAGACCGCAGGGACGCCUCGGGCUUGUAUUGUGAAGAUGCAGGGUUCCAGAAACACCUGUUAAGGGCUUUGCUGCUCCUGGACCUCCAGACUCUGCACUUGGGUUAGGGCAGUUCCUGCGAGACCGCGCUGUGUGGCAGGGCGUGCUGGUCUUCCUUGCGAUCCAGCUCCUGGGAGGAGUUGCCUUUCCGCCUUUGCUUCUACGCGAGGAAACUCACAGCCCAGAGUGGGAUUUCCUUCCCCUCUCAAGGCGUUGAGGUGUGGAACCUCUCUCCAGCCGGACACUCGCAAGCCAGAUGUGUCUGUCCCUGUUCACAUAACCAGGGACUGCAGCUCUCUCCCUGCAGUGGGUGUUCGUUCGCCCCUGCCCCUCACUUUCCUCUGCAGAUUAGAUGAACUCCUAAGUGGAGUGAGAGUAGCAGCCUCCUCGGGGAGUGGCGGCGACGGGGGCUACGCUGCAUAGAGUGCAACCGUGGUUGGAGGACACUAGUCUCCAGUCUCUGGCCACCGGGAACUUAUCUGCCUCUCUCCUUUGCUCCGCAGUCCCUGUACCUGUGUCCUUUCUUUCCAGGGCGGGGUUCCUCUCCACCUCUAUCUCCGACCCUCCUUCCUCCCCACCCCCUCCUAUCCCGGGCUCUGCGCGGUGCGGGGUCCCUGAUCAAGUGGCCUUAGAGGUUCACUGAGAAGCCCAGCGGGGACAGCAUUGCAGCGGCUCUGCUUUGCCGCCGCUCCUGCUCCUGCUCCUGCUCCCGCUCCCGCUCGCUAGCUCACGCUGUCCCACAUCGAACUGGACCUGCUUUGAGUGCCUCUCAGGACUGUCUCAGGACUGGCUGUCUAGAUAAUCCUUUGGUUGCACAUUCCUGGAUUCCUCAUCUGAGAAGAAUCGCAAGGGCCAACGCAAUUCUUGUGCUAUCUGCAGGCCAAAUUGGAACUGAGGUGAAGAUGGGCCCAUUAGGUGCAGAGGCAGAUGAGAAUCAAACUGUAGAAGUGAAAGUGGAACUCUAUGGGUCGGGGCCCACCACUCCUAGAGGUGAGUUGCCCCCUGAUCCAGAGCCGGAGCUCAUAGACAGCACCAAACUGGUUGAGGUGCAGGUGGUCCUUAUAUUGGCCUAUUGUUCCAUCAUCUUGCUGGGCGUAGUUGGCAACUCUCUGGUAAUCCAUGUGGUGAUCAAAUUCAAGAGCAUGCGCACAGUAACCAACUUUUUUAUUGCCAACCUGGCUGUGGCGGAUCUUUUGGUGAACACCCUGUGCCUGCCAUUCACUCUUACCUAUACCUUGAUGGGGGAGUGGAAAAUGGGUCCAGUUUUGUGCCAUUUGGUGCCCUAUGCCCAGGGUCUGGCAGUACAAGUGUCCACAAUAACUUUGACAGUCAUUGCUUUGGACCGACAUCGUUGCAUUGUCUACCACCUGGAGAGCAAGAUCUCCAAGCAAAUCAGCUUCCUGAUUAUUGGCCUGGCGUGGGGUGUCAGCGCUCUGCUGGCAAGUCCCCUUGCCAUCUUCCGGGAGUACUCACUGAUUGAGAUUAUUCCUGACUUUGAGAUUGUAGCCUGUACUGAGAAAUGGCCCGGGGAGGAGAAGAGUGUGUACGGUACAGUCUACAGCCUUUCCACCCUGCUAAUCCUCUACGUUUUGCCUCUGGGCAUCAUAUCUUUCUCCUACACCCGGAUCUGGAGUAAGCUAAAGAACCACGUUAGUCCUGGAGCUGCAAGUGACCAUUACCAUCAGCGAAGGCACAAAACGACCAAAAUGCUCGUGUGCGUGGUAGUGGUGUUUGCAGUCAGCUGGCUGCCCCUCCAUGCCUUCCAACUUGCUGUGGACAUCGACAGCCAUGUCCUGGACCUGAAGGAGUACAAACUCAUCUUCACCGUGUUCCACAUUAUUGCGAUGUGCUCCACCUUCGCCAACCCCCUUCUCUAUGGCUGGAUGAACAGCAACUACAGAAAAGCUUUCCUCUCAGCCUUCCGCUGUGAGCAGAGGUUGGAUGCCAUUCACUCGGAGGUGUCCAUGACCUUCAAGGCUAAAAAGAACCUGGAAGUCAAAAAGAACAAUGGCCUCACUGACUCUUUUUCAGAGGCCACCAACGUGUAAGAAUGCUGUGAAAGUACGUGGGUAAAUUGCGACCAGAGUUGCCAACCUGGUUAGGGAAGGUUUUCUGGCUAGUGCAUGCCACCUCCCAUUGUAUUGACCCUAAAAGCAUCAGAGUGGAAGCCCCAGCGGUAUUGUUCCUGGAAAACUGGCUGGAAGAAUGAGGAGAAAAUAAACAGAUUGCUGUGGCGCAACGUUCUGAUUACCGACGCUUCCAUUGGUAGGUUGAAUUGUGAGUAGAGGAGGGAAGGCAAGCGGAACAAGGAAUUGGCAUCAGUGUGGUUAAAAGGGAGAAGUGUUAACUCUGAAAGCACAGUAGGAUCUGCAUCAGGGAUGCUGUGAACUCCGCGGGCUCCCUCAUCACUUGAUGAAAAGCUGCUAAACAACUCAGAUUUCCCUAGGGAGCCAUGGGCUCUUUGUUAGGGUGUUUUGGUUUUAUUGUCCUUCCUAAGAUGAAACCCAGAUGAGAAUGCUAGGUAAACAUGUCUUGCUGACUAAGGGGAUGACUUCAAGGGAAUAAACACAUGUUUUAUGAGAUUAACGUUUUGGCAAUGAUGGGAGAAACCCUUAUAUACUCAGUGAGCAAUUAAUUGUUCUUAUAAUCAAACGCACAACUGUUGAAAGUUCUUUUUUAAUUCAGAAGCCAAAUCUGAAAUUAUCAGACUGUAAAGAAAUGAAAACCGUUGUUUUAUUUCUUGUUUUGAGCCAUUCCUGCUCGAUGUAGAUACUGUUUAGAUAACAAGAAAACAACACAGUUCUUUCGUUUAUUGCUAAUUGCUAAAGUCAUUUGGAACCAUUCCACUUCUGUCACCAUUCCUGCAUGGGGGCAAACAAAGUUCCCACUAGAAAUUAAGUCAGACUAAUACACAGUCUUGUAACAAUUUGAGCUUAGUUGUAAAAAAUUCAGUCCCCCACGACCACAGCUCUAAUAUGUUUACAAACACUGUAGAUUUAUCUUCUUUGGAGUUUAUCUUUAUUAGACCAAUUUAUGCUAAGUAAAAAAGUAAUUUCAUUAAAGUGAACCCAUUUGUUAAGAAAUCUCAAAAACUGAGUUUAUUCCACUUUGCAAAUUUUGGUUUUCAACAAAUUUCACGUAAGUUCUUCUCUUUUUAAAAUGACUAUAUUUUUUGGUGACAUAAAUAUAUAUACGAAACAAAAGCAGAUCUAUAAAUAGGGGGAUGUUAGCAAUUUUCAUUUAAUGGUUUUAUGAAUAUAGCUUUUAUUUCAAAGGUACCCAACCAAAGAUAAUUAAAACUCUUAUUUUGUUCACACAGAAAAGUUAAAAAAUGAGAUGUUAAAAUAGUUGCACUUCUCUGGAUGCUGAAGUUUCAGUGUAGGCAUAUUUUUGUAAAUAUGGCAGAAUUUGUGAGUAUAUUCUUCACAUUUUAGAAAUAUUCAACAUAGUCUUAUACUUAGUUAUGCUAUUAAUUUUGUGUAUAUAUUUAAAACUCCAACUGUGGCUGUUAUUAAAUUCCUUUUAGUGUGGAAAUAAAAGAUUGGUCUCCAAGUGAACUCUUCUUCUGGAAUACUGAAAAGGAACAAAACAACAGAAGUGAAAAUAGAUGUAAGGUGGAGUGGGAAGUCAAUGUAAUACACUGCUGUCUGAAGUGUAUCUAUCAUAUGACUAUGAAAUAUAUUCUUUUCUGUUGGACUCUGAACAGUCAUCAGAAGAUAAGCUUUCCACACUUUAUGCAGAAAUUACUUUGCUUAAGAUGUUAAUAGAAGUUUGUUGUGACAUUUUUAUGUCCUUUGCAGAAUUCCUAUCCUGUACAAACCCUGUAUGGUCCUGUGACACCUGCUGGAAUACUAAAUUAUUGGAAUCCAUUUAGUGAUUCAAUUAAAAUAUUUGUGAUUGAGUUCAUUUGUCAACUCGGUAAUAAAGUAUCUAUUAUGUACUGGUUUAAAUGUUAAAAUAAAAAGAAUUUGAGCAA